AUGGUCUCCACCUACCGGGUGGCCGUGCUCGGGGCGCGAGGUGUGGGCAAGAGUGCCAUCGUGCGCCAGUUCUUAUACAACGAGUUCAGCGAGGUCUGUGUGCCCACCACCGCCCGCCGCCUCUACCUGCCUGCUGUGGUCAUGAACGGCCAUGUGCACGACCUCCAGAUCCUGGAUUUUCCACCCAUCAGCGCCUUCCCUGUCAACACACUGCAGGAGUGGGCAGAUGCCUGCUGCAGGGGACUCCGGAGCGUCCACGCCUACAUCCUGGUCUAUGACAUCUGCUGCUUUGACAGCUUUGAGUACGUCAAGACUAUCCGUCAGCAGAUCCUGGAGACGAGGGUGAUCGGCACCUCCGAGACGCCCAUCAUCAUCGUGGGCAACAAGCGCGACCUGCAACGCGGACGCGUGAUUCCGCGCUGGAACGUGUCGCACUUGGUGCGGAAGACCUGGAAGUGCGGCUACGUGGAGUGCUCGGCCAAGUACAACUGGCACAUCCUGCUGCUCUUCAGCGAGUUGCUCAAGAGUGUGGGCUGCGCCCGCUGCAAACACGUGCACGCCGCCCUGCGCUUCCAGGGCGCGCUGCGCCGCAACCGUUGCGCCAUCAUGUGACGCUGCGUGCGCCCUGCUGCAGCACUGUCCCAGCGGAAGAGAGGGCAGGGCGGGGCCAGCCUCCCUCGGGACACUUGGGCUAGAGCAGGGAGUCCCCGGAGGAGAACUCUGGGCUCCUGGCCUGAAGCAUCCCUGCAGCCACACACCUCCCCCACGAGAAUCAGAGGAGAGGGAGCCUCCCCGCCACUCCCCAGUCCUCCCCUCCAACCUGGGUCUCCCUGGGACAGCCAAUCUUCAGUGCUGUAGUGUAGUGCCCGGCCCCAGGGAGCGCCACAAUCUGAGGGCUGAGCGUGUGAAAUGGAGGGUAGGGUGAGGAGGUGCUGUCUUGGCCGGGCCCCUGCUCAUCUUCCCUACAGUGUGUCUGUCUUUGCCACGUGUCCCCUUUUGCAGUGUCUGUCCACUCAAGUAUCUGUCCAUCCUCAUUUGACCUGUCUUCCCUUCAGUGUCCCUCCCAGUCCCCCAGCUCCGUUCACAGGGCUCUCAUUUCGUCCAUCCCCUUGUCGCAGGUCCUGGCAGCUUUGCGAUGCCUUCUCACCGGCAGCGCCACCGGCACAGGGCAGAGAGAGGCAAGUGGCCCAAGGACCAAAGCCAAGGGGUCCGAGGGCUGAGGUCCCACAGCCGUCAGGGAGAGAAGGCAGAGCUCUUCCUCAUCCAGGGAGACCUCCCUGCCCAGCAGCCCCCAGAGACGCUACCACCUACUUUCCAGCCUUAACUCAAUGGUCCCUGCCGGGUGCCCCUCACCCUUCCUGACCCCAAAGCCAGAUGGCCCCCGGGCUAAAAUUCCUUUUGUUUUGUUUGACAGCGUGGAGAGGAAAUUCCCCUAAGAAUAGUUUUCUCUCCAGGAUGCUAGGACCUACUUCUCCGUUACCUCCUGCACUGGGAUGGUCUGCUGUAUUAUGGGAGGUUGAGUUGUGGGGGACUGGGGGUGGUGGGCAAGGUGGUGCCCAGGAGGGGGUCAGGUUAUGCCAAUGGUAAUUUUGUGUCCCAGUGCCACCUCAGUCCAACUGCCUAAGACUCUGCCUCCAUCAGGUCUCAGGUUGUCUUGAUCAGUCUGUGUAGGGGCAGAGCCGAGAAAAGAAUAAGGGAGCUUCUUGUGCCAUGGGAGCUAGGCAUGCAUCCCCACCCAUAGGUGGAGACCCUCAGGAUCUGACCUCUUGUCCUAACACCAGAUUGGCCCUAUGCCCUAACUCACCCACCCCAUUUUCCCCGGCUGCCUGGCCGGGUUUCUACCUCUCGUCACCGGAGCUGAUCACUGUCAGUUUUGUACCGAUUUAGAAAUAAUAAUACUGGAGAUUCUAGGAAUGGCCUGAGGGAUUGAUGGGGGACUUGGAGGGAGGGAGGAAGAAAUGGUGGUGUCCCCUGCCCCGGCCGAAGAGAGUUCUUGAGGCUGACCCCUCAGCCUCAGCCCUGGUCCAGUUGGGAGGAUAAUAAGGACCCUUUAUUAAGAGGGGUACGUAGGAUGCCCGGCCUUUUCCCGGGCUGCA